AUGAGAUGGCGGGACCGAAUAGCCGUAUUCUUCUUCCCUCCAGGCAUAAUGCUCACCGUAGCUGCAUUAAUGCUCUUCUUCCUACACUUGGGUGUAUUUGCUAGUGAUGUUCACAACUUCUGUGUCAGCCACCACUACGACCGCAUGAGCUUCCGAUACACGGUUGUCCUGAUAUUCUCCCAGGUGAUGAGCAUCUGCUGGGCUGCCAUGGGGUCACUCUACGCAGAGAUGACUAGUGACAAGUUUCUUCGCUACUUUGCUCUGAUCAUCCUGAUACUCAAUGGAGCCAUGUUCUUCAACCGCAUGUCCCUGGAGUUUCUGGCCAUCAAUUACCGAGAGGAGAACCACUGA